AUGCCGCAGACGGACAUUUUCGAUGCCCUUGCUCUCUCUGGCGAGCCAGCCAUACCUAACAUUGCUGAUCUUGUGAACCCUAACCUUCCUAAAGUCACUGUAAACGAGGCUUGGGAGCUCCAGCUUCAAAAGUGGAACUAUCAAAUCGACUACCUCAAUAAUAUCCGAGAGUUCGAGGCGAAGGCUGGCCGCGAACUUGACGCUAUCAUCGCUCCAAUUACGCCCACGGCUGCCAUCCGCCAUAACCAGUUCAAGUACUAUGGCUACGCUACAGCUAUCAAUGUGCUUGACUUUACCAGUCUGGUUGUGCCUGUGACGUUUGCGGAUAAGAAUGUCGACGUUUUCCCUGUCGACUUCAAGCCGUUGACAAAAAUAGACUCUAUAGUACAAGCUGAAUAUGAUCCCGAUAUAUAUCAUGGGGCGCCGGUUGCUGUGCAAAUUAUUGGCCGACGGCUUACAGAGGAGAGGAUAAUGGCCAUCGCGGAGGAGGUUGACACCUUUUUCCAAUAUGUAGAAUUUCUUGACAAGAAGGAGUCUCAGGCAUUCUCACAACUGGCGAAGCACGACUACCCCACGUUCAACGCCAUUCGGGCCUCGAUCAUAUCACCGGAGGGAGAAAUGGCAUCCGCUCUCAGAGGCCUCGCAGACGAUAUCGAAGACCUCAGAGCCAUGGCCUUGGACGCGUGGCAUUGGCUUCCAUUACAAGGCUUGGUCGACUUUUGCUCCCGUCAGUGGUUCGGCCGCAUGUGGGUAGUCCAGGAGGCUUGCCUCCCGAAACGCCUCGUAUUCGUCUGCGGAAACAAGACGUGCGAUGCUUCCCUUCUCGAGCGCGCUUUGUUGUUCACCUUUCUUGCUGUAGCUCUCAAAGCAGCGACCUGGAACGAGGAUGACGUUGGACGCCACUAUCCUACAAUGGAUGAUAUGACAUACGCUCUCGCCCUUGUGCGUUUCGCCAACCGGCUCUUUGGUGUCCGUCGCACCAUUCACCGCGAGAGCGAUAGCCGCUUCUCUGUGCUCAGCCUCCUCGCCAAGUUCAACGUAGCAGACACAGUGAAUGCAUCCACAGCGGCGCGCGAUCUGCAAAAGUUUAGGGCCGGCGACGCGCGUGACUGCUAUUUUUCAAUUUUAGCGCUGCCGCGCCAAGAUGACCCCGUCUUGAAGACGGUCCGGGUCGACUACGCGUCGUCGGCGCAGUUGGUAUUUCGAGAUCUCGCGGGAUCGCUAGUUGAAGCAGGCCAGACUGAUUUGAUCCUAUUCUCUCAGAAUCAUGUGAAGAGACUUGACGGGCUGCCUUCUUGGGUGCCCGAUUGGACCUCAGAGCUGACAAAACCCCAUGGAUAUAUGAAUUCGGAGACGCCUCUGUUCUGCGCUGGAAUGGCGCAAGGCUCAGGCGCUAUUUGGGGUGGAUAUACUGAUACACAUGUUGAGGGAGGGGCCCUUUUCAUCCCAGGGCUAGACGCUGGGGCCGUCGAGAUGGUAGGAACCAACUAUUACGAGAUAUCGGCGAGCGAAACAGAAACUGCGCAAUCAUUAGACUUGUUCCUUUCAGACACGACUGCCUUUAGUAGCCUCGCAACUCAAAACAACAAACAUCUCACUGCUGGAUACAGCCAAGAAGAUCUCGCCGCUCUUUUAGCGUCAGGGGGCCGCGGUAUAUUGCCUAGACCUAGCCCUGGACCAAGUCAACACGUCGGAGCUACCAUGCAAGGACGGACAAUCGCUGGUGCAACGUACCAGGUGCUCCGACGACGAACAGCGCGCCACGUCCGAGCUAUCAGGCGAAUGGUUCUGUCUAAGCUCCAAGCGACCACUAGUCAAGAAUCUGGAAACGGUCCUUACAUGCCUGAAGCCCACCAAAGCCUAGAGCUAUCCCUUGAGGGAGCCAUCAGGGGUGAUGGGUGUGAGGCUCGAGAGGAUGGUGAAGGGAGCGCGGAAGAGACGGAGUCGACGCAGAUGCUUCGGUCAGAGGCCGAUGUGGAUGACGAAGAGGGCAUCGGCCCCGACCUGCAAGUGGAGGUGCGGUUGGCCGAAGGAGUUUAUGGUCUAGCUGUCGAUGGGCCUGAGGAUAUGCGGCGCGGUGAUCGCCUCGUGAUACUCAAGGGUGCCUCGGUUCCCAUGGUUCUUCGACGGCUUACGUUGGGAGGCGGUGAGAUGUGGGGCUACGUUGGGGAGGCUUACUGUUAUGGGUUCAUCAUCAGCUUUCUGACCACAGGAGCUGGUAUACAACGGCUUAAGCUGAUCAACGUUCGCAUGAGGUGGCGAUUUGCUUAA